UGCUUUACAGGUAACCACAUCCUUCCAGAUGAAGACUUGGCUGCAUUUCAUUGGAGUUUGCUUGGGCCAGACCAUCCUCUUGCAUCACUGAAGGUUCGUGCUCACCAAUUGGUUCUACCUCCUUGUGAUGUCGUAAUCAAGGCUGUGUCUGAGUAUGUGGGUAACAUCAAGGAUGUUAGUAAUCUGGAUGCCCUUGCAAAGGAUGUUUUCAAGCAUUCACAGUCUAGAACAGAAGAUAAAAUAGAUCGUUUCAAGAAAGCUGUUGAGUAUUACUCUGCUGCAAUCAAGCCACGCCCACUUCCUAUGGGUCCAACACCAUUUUUCUUUCCAGGAUUUGGACCCAAUCAGUUUGGAAUGCCUUCACUUCCAGGCAGUCAGAUGGGAAACAUUGCUGCUGGCAAACCAAUGUUUCCCCCUCAUUUGUCGCAGAAGAUGCCGUACCAUUUCCAUCCAGCUGCAAAUCCUGGAAUACUCUUCCCUCAUCCACCUGUAAACAUGCAGCUGCAGGAGAGUGCUGAUAUGCUGUCUAAGGGUAACUCCUUCAAUGAAUGGUCAGUCCCAUAUGACUCUUCAGGCACCAAGUUCCCAAAUCAUUUGCCUUCCAAAGCAUCACCACCUUCAGGUCCAAACUCUUCACCUUCUUCCUCUUCUGAAGAAGAACAAACAGGAGGCAAUACCAAUCAUGUUCCAGAUCAGCCUUUGCAGAAGUCUGGGUGGGAAGAUACCAGUGGUGAGAAAGGGCAAUCUGGAUGGGUGCAAUCUGGUACUGGUGAGGCUGUUGGUAACUCUGGAGGACCAAUUCCAUCACUUCUUUCCAUGUCAACACGGAAUCAUGUGGACAUUACUGCUCCACCACCACCACAAGUUGCACCAGAGGUUUUGAGGGUUGCAGAGCACAGACAUAGACGGGGAUUGAUGUGUCCAUACAUCUAUCAUAUUCUUACCAAGGGUGAGAUCAAACUACCAGUGUGUAUUGAGGAUGAAUGCUCAGCUGAACUUCCACCUGCUGCCAUCUUGUUCCGUCCAGCUCGACAGUAUGUCUAUGGGGUUCUUUUCAGCCUUGCUGAGACUCAGAGGAGGCUGGAACGUCUGGCAUUACGAAGGCGGGUACCUGUGGAAGUGCCUCCUGUUAUAAUCAAAGAGUGGGCUGCAUAUAAAGGGAAGUCUCCACAGAGCCCAGAGCUGAUUCCUGCCUUGACAUUCAGAGAGUGGACUUGUCCAAAUCUAAAGAAACUGUGGCUUGGAAAAGCAGUGGAAGAUAAGAACAGGCGAAUGAGAGCCUUUUUGGCUUGCUUGAAGUCUGACACACCUAGCAUGCUUAAUCCAGCCAAUGUUCCCACACAUUUGCUUCUCAUGUGUUGUGUACUACGGUAUAUGAUGCAGUGGCCAGGGGGGAGGAUCCUUCAUCGACAUGAAUUAGAUGCUUUCCUGGCUCAGGCUGUCUCUCCUCAGCUGUAUGAACCUGACCAGCUCCAAGAAUUAAAGAUUGAGAAGUUGGAUCCUCGUGGGAUCCAGUUAGCAGCACUUUUCAUGUACGGGGUCGAUGCAGCUCUGUUUGCCAAUGAUGCAUGUGGUCAACCAAUCCCCUGGGAGCAUUGUUGCCCUUGGAUUUAUUUUGAUGGGAAGCUUUUCCAGAGCAAGUUGAUUCGCGCCUGUAGAGAAAAGGUUCCACUUACUGAACUUUGUGAUGGUCAGGCUGAACAAGUGGCGAAGGUGGAGAAAAUGAGGCAAAGUAUUCUAGAAGGGAUAAACUUGAAUCGACAGCUCCCUCCUCCCCCAAUUCCUCCACCCCCUUUUAUGCCACCCAUGAUGCCACCAUUCUACCCAAUGCCUCUGUACCCUCGGCCCAUUAGUUCUGCACCUACUCCCCCUCAUGGUAGGGGAAGAGGCUUCACUGGGCUAAGAAAUUCUUUCUUGCAUGUAGGUCUUCAGACUAUUCCACCUCAAGGUGGAAAGCUAGAGAUUGCAGGCAUGGUUGUCGGACAGUGGGCUGGUAGUAAGCCAUCCAAAGGCCGGGGAUCCUUUGGCAUGCAGGUGGUCUCAGUUGGCGGACCAGGAAAAGGACGUGGAAGAGAGACAGCUGGAAAAUUUCUAAAGAGCAACAAGAAACCCGUGAGACAGGGAAGUUCUGAAGGUACGUCAGAUGGAGUACCCAAAAGUUCUAAACCUCAGAACAGUCAGAAUCAGCUACAUGUGAAUGGAAAUAAUGUAACAGCAGGACAAGAAGAAGAAGAAGGCAGGACUUCAGACUUGCCACAAUGUGCCUUAUCCAGAGACAGUGAUGUGUGCAAUAACAAUGACCCCUCACAUGUGAAUGCACAGAGUGGGGAGAGUGACUGCUGCAGGGAAGAAAAAGUAGAAGCUGCCCUGCUGAAGGAGGAGUAGAGACCAGGAAAUGUGAAAAAAAAAAAAACUGUGUUCCUUUUCUGAUUAAAACCCAUGAAUUUGCAUUUUUUGUGUUCUAAACCAGACCUAGUCAUUAUUAGUCUCCCUCUCGAGUCUUUGGGCUGUCAAAGUUAUAAUUGCAGCAGCAAAAGAGGGAAAACAAGCUUCAUUGUAAUCCUUUAUAAUUUAUUUAUUUAUUUUUUUUAUCUGCAUUUUUGGGGGUUUUCCCCAGCCAGCUAUACUACCCUGUUGACCCUAUCAUUCUCUCAUCCUGGCUGGCAGUACAGAGUUAAGCAGAGGUAGACUGUCAUCCAUGGCAAUUUGGUUGUUUUAGUUAAAACCGUGUUUCAGUCCUUUUGGCACCUCAUCUGGGCAAUGCCAUAGUCUGGCCUGUUACUCCAGGAAUGUGGGUGCCUGCCUCCACACACCGUUGCUACAGUACAGCCACAGUGCUUGUUAGGCAAAGCCCAGCCUUUGGAGUCUGUGCACACUCCAGUCACAGAAGUGGUACUCAUGCACUGAGACCUUGCUUGCUCCCGGAAUACUCAUACCAG